UUCUUACUAAUUUCAAUUAGUAAAAUGAGUUCUAUAAAAAUCUCAUGCUUGAUGACGAUAGCGUAAAGCUGUUGAAUUCUAAUCAAUGUCGCUGAAAACUGUAAUCCAAUUUCCAAUUUUUGCACCUCCAGACCACCACCUACGCUGCCGCCACCACGCCUCUGAGAUUCGCUUCUCACGGUGGAACAAUGCCAACGCCGAGAAAUUCAUCCGCCGUGAGCGGGAACAGAAGGAACUCGAAGACGAGCUUCGCUUUGAGAAGCGCUUCGAAUCUGCCCUCAAUAUCACUCAUAAUUACAGCCCUGCCCCUCCUCACCGCACCACUUUCAAGUCCACUGGCACCCCUUCAUCGCCUUCUUCACCUUCCAUACCUGGAAAAUUCUCUAAGUACUCGAAAUCGGCAAAGUACCCUUCUGGAAAUUCAGUUCACCCUGCCUUUAGGCCCCUACUAAAACCCAGAAAAAUCCCUGUAAAAAAUCCGAAAACUAUCAGUGGUGAAAACGAAAACAAUGAUUCCGUCUCCCCGAAUUUUCGAAUUGGUGAAAAUGGGGUUUCGUAUGAGUUUCCUGAGGCUCCCUUCGAGUAUCAGUACAGUUACACGGAGACACCGAAGUUGAAGCCGUUAAAGUUGAGGGAGCCACUGGUAUCCCCGUUUGGGCCGGGUUCUAUACCGAAACCAUGGUUGGGGCGGAAGCCGCUGCCUUCCAGCAAGAAGAAGCUUCCAGAAUUUGACUCUUUCCAGCUCCCCCCACCCCAUAAGAAGGGGGUGAAGCCUGUGCAGGCGCCAGGCCCCUUCCUUCCUGGUUCUGGACCUAAGUACAUGAGGUCCCGAGAGGAGAUAUUGGGGGAGCCAUUGACCAAUGAUGAAAUUAAGGAGCUCAUUGAAGGAUGUAAGAAAUCGCAGCGACAAUUGAAUAUGGGAAGAGAUGGCCUGACACACAACAUGUUAGACAACAUUCAUGCUCUCUGGAAGCGACGGAGGGUGUGUAAAAUCAAAUGCAAAGGAGUGUGUACAGUGGACAUGGAUAAUGUCCGCCAACAGUUGGAGGACAAAACUGGCGGGAAGGUUAUUUACAGCAGAGGUGGUGUGAUAUACCUUUUUCGUGGAAGAAACUACAAUUAUAAAACACGUCCCCGCUUUCCUCUUAUGUUGUGGAAACCUAUUACCCCUGUAUACCCCAGGCUGAUUAAACGAGUUCCUGAGGGUUUGACUUUGGAAGAAACAAGUGAAAUGCGGAAACUAGGGCGCAACCUAACACCAAUAUGCAAGCUUGCAAAAAAUGGUGUCUAUUGUGACCUUGUAAAAAAUGUGAGAGAGGCAUUUGAAGCAUGUGAAUUAGUGCGAAUCAAUUGCCAAGGAUUGAACGGGAGUGACUACCGCAAAAUAGGAGCCAAACUUAAGGAUCUUGUCCCGUGUGUGUUAAUAUCUUUUGAAUAUGAACACAUACUUAUAUGGAGAGGACGACAUUGGAGGUCAUCUUUAUCAGAACCUGAAGAUGGUCCAAAAGAAGUGCAGGAAGUUAAAUUUGAUGUGCCCUUAGCAGAUACGGCAGAUUCAGCAUUAUCAUCAUCUAGUGUUCCAUCUGUAUCAAUUGUUAAUCAGAACUCGAAUGAUCUUAACACUAGUGAUACUCCUACACGUGGCAAUGGGGAAUCAAAACAAAGCAGUGAAUUGACUGAAGCUGGGGUUGAGGAUUUUCUCUCUACGGUCAACUUGUCAUCCGAAGCUUCUCAAGCAGUCUUGACGGUGCAGGGUAUUAAUGAAGGGACUGAAAGAUCUCCUGUGCAUGUAGGCUACAGUUGUGAUGAUUCAGAAGCAUGCAGUGAAAUAAGUGAAAGCAAAACCUUAUUCGAUGGUGGUUUAGUGGAGUCGAGAGGGAAUCUGGGGACGAGUUCCUGUAGUGAAAAUCUGAUGGAGCUUUCAUCUGUGGUUCCUCGUGACAAUGAUACAGUAAAAGACUCUAAGAACAUUGACGAGCUAGUAAGUUUGAGCCCGCCGUGGAAUAAGGGAGUUCUGCUACUAUUGAAGCAGGCCAUUGAAAGUGGGAAGGCAGUUGUGUUAGACGAUCAUUGUUUGGAUGCUGACAAUGUGUUUAAAGCGACAGUUGCCUUUGCCAAGACUGCUCCAACUGGGCCUGUCUUUAGGUAUGGACCUAAGAAGUUGGCGGUUCAAAGAGGUGAGAAUAAAGAGACUAGUGAUUUGGAGCUUAAAGAAGCUGCUGCAGUUCCAGGGACUGAAAUAGCAGUUUCAGGCAGGAGCGAAAGUGAAAGAAAGAGUUCAAGAAAUGAAAAGAUGAAAGAUAUUAAAGCUGAUUAUCUAAAUGUAGUUCCUCAGGGAAACCUUGGUGUAGAUGAACUUGCCAAGUUACUUGCUUAAUGUGAUUUAUAAUUCAUUAAUUACUUCUUGAUUAAGUUAUUGUUGCCUUUCUGUAAAUCACUCUAAUAUGAAUAUUAAGAUACUCUCGUAUGACUGAUAUAUGAAUAAACAGGGGAUUUUAGUUCACA